AUGCCAGGCGUCUUUACCAUCGCCUCGGUGGCAGCAUUCGCAGCACUGACUUCCUAUAUCGCGCCUUCCAUCCGCCACGAAUUGAAGGUGGUGGGUGUAGGACGCGAUAUCUCUGUUUCCACCAUUGCAGAUGCAGCAAACUAUGUAAAGAUUGCAGAUACCACUCAUUGCGAGGAUUUGCAUUACUAUGCUCCUGCCAACUUGCUGUUUACGGCUUGCGAGGAUAGGCAUACGAGGUUUGGAUGGUUUCCUCCACUCGGGAGUUUCGAACCGCCAAAAGAGGGGACGAAGGGAAGUAUUCAUGUUGUGGAUCCCGAGACAAUGAAAAGCAUACGCCUCUCCUUCCAAAACUUCGAGUCGACAUUCGUCACGCACGGCAUCGAUGUCAUCGCCGACCCCACUGCCAAAAACGCAGUCUACAUUUUCGCAAUCAACCACCAUCCCAACCCUGAAUACGUUGCUUCUCGCCGCGAACACAUUACCAAAUCUCACUCACGCAUCGAGCUAUUCAGACAUGUGAUUGGCAGCAGCACUGCCAAACACAUCAGAACUGUCUCGCAUGCAAGCAUUGAAACGCCAAAUGAUAUUCACGCGGUCUCGCCUACAGAGUUUUACGUCACGAAUGAUCACUUUUACAGGGAAGGCUUGAUGAGGGAGUUGGAAGCUAUUGCGCCUGCGAAAUGGUCGAGUACGAUGCACGUCUCCAUUUCCGAUCUCACUGCCACCGACUCUGCAGGGCUUUCGGUCAAGACGGCAUUAACAGGCAUCAAGAAUAACAAUGGAUUGGGGCAUGUAUAUGGUUCAGAGGAAGUCACCGUCAUCAGUGCAGAGAGAGGAAUUCUGUAUCGCUGUUUUGACGAUGCAAAGAAUGGCACUCUGAGGGUCGAGGAGAGUGUGCAUUUGGACAGUACUUUGGACAAUCCGUCUUGGUAUCAGGAUGCUUGGGCGUCUGAAGGCGAUGACAAGAGUGGAUAUGUUCUUGCUGGCCUUGCUCGGGGUAUUGAUCUUGCCGGCCAUGCUAAAGAUCCAGCAGCCAAGGAUCCUUCCCUGGUGUGGUUGGUGCAACAUGCAGAAGUCAAGGGGGAGUGGAACAAGAAAGUGGUGUUUUCUGAUGAUGGAGAGAGGUUGAGAACGGCCAGUGCGGCGGUGAUUGUGGGUAUUGAUCCAAAGAAGGAGGGUGGAAAGAGGAGGGGUUGGUUGUUUGUCACUGGGUUCAUGUCUGAGAAUAUGGUUGCGACAAAGAUUGAUCUGUAA